CCCAAAGAGAUCGACUUUUCAAGAUCACAGUAGUCAGGUUGGAGAUUUCCGACAACGUGCAUCGCUCCUUAGUCGUGUUCAGUCGCCUCAACCUAACUCUCUCUCUGUAUCGCUCCAUUGCGGUGCUCGUGUGAGUCGUAAACAUAAUUCAAAAGCACUGGUGAAGUCAGUAGCCGGCUAAACGCGACUCGGGUCGGAAGUCUCCGCUCCUAACAAUCACAGCGAACAAUCCCCAACUCGAUAAGGGUGAACACAAACAUAAAAGAAAAUAAAAUAAUAAACAAGUUAAACAAAUAAAAAAACAUAUGAAAUGCAACUUUUUGACGAUUUUUGCAAAAGCUUCAACAAGGAAUUGCAAAGGGCGAAUUUCGGCUUCGCAUACAAUCGCGUUCAUUUGUUCUACAGAUCUCAGUGGCAAAAAGAUGAGAUCAACACAAUAUACUUGCUCUAUCGAUGGAUUUGGGCGCUGUUUUUCCUGGGCGUGUAUAUCAUGUGCAUAUUUAUUCAGUUUUGCGAUGGGAAGUUCUUUAUCUACAUGACCAACUGGGGAUUCGGGCUGUGCACUAUCACCAUGCUAAUAUCCGCCGUACAGGUCACCUGCUGGCACUUCGAUCUGAGGAAUACCCGGAGUCUGGUACAGGAGUCCGCCCACAAGGCGGAGACGUCGAGGGGUCUGAAAAUAUACUGGUGGCUGUACAAUAUGACACUUUCGCUGGCUCUGAUCAUAUCAACAGUCUACUGGGUGUUUCUCCACGGAAAGAUGAAUAAACCCAUGCGAUUUCCAGCGAUUAGCAUAAUUACCCACGGUCUUAACUCUACGAUGAUGAUGAUCGAUUUCCUGAUCGUGGCAUUUCCGCUCAGGAUCUUGCACAUGAUUUACGGUAUAAGUCUGGCGAUAUUUUUCUUCGUUUUCACUCUGGUUUACCAUUUAUGCGGGGGUACCGAUGAAUUUGGCAAUCCCUACAUAUAUCCCAUUCUGGAUUGGAACAAUCCGAAUCGCUGUUUGGUGACCUUUGUGGGCAUCUUCUUGCUUAUAACGUGCUAUUGGAUGCUGCUCUUUGGACUCUACAAGUUAAAGAGGGUGUUCAAUAGGGCCUUCAGCGUGGUUUGGACUCCUCAUGCAGUGGGUCUGAUAUGAGGGAUACCAUACAAAUUAGAGACACCACAGACAGUCAUGUAAUAUCACCUCAUUAACACCCGCACAUUUAGCAUGUUCCAUAUACAUCGCCUGCAUUGUGUUUAGUUCCAUUUACAAUUCAUCUUAAAUCACAAAACCGACACCAAGAGGGAGUCGCAUCGUUAGACACCCAUUCGCAUGCAUUUAUUUAUAUCUAGUAUUUGCUAUUGUAAGUUUUAAUCUUUUGGUUCCUUAACUUUGCAUUGGUUUAGUUAGUUUACUAAAUAAGCAUUAAUGUUGUUACUACGUAUAUGGAUUAAAUAUAAAAAAUAUGAAAUUUGUUAUAAAUACUCUACAUAAUUACGAGAUGCAUAGAGAGAAAACUGAAAUUGUAUAACAACAUAAGGAAAAUCGGAAUUAAAAAGUGUAUAUAAGAAGGUUA